AAAAUGAGGUUCCGUCUGGAAUUAUUCCUUGUUCUCUGCAUCUUAACAACAGUAUUUGCAGUCUGCCCAACAUGUUUUCCUGAUGAGAUUUGCAACACUGCAACCAACCUAUGUGAUUGUGAUCUUUCAAAGUACAGUGAAACGGUGCAAAUCCCACAACCACAACUAACAUGCGACUAUAAUAUGGUUUUGCGGAUACCAAGAUGUCAGAUGGAGAAAAAUGGAUAUGACUCUUCCAGUUUACACCUGAUUAAACCAACCUGCAGUCUUAACCAGCCAUAUGUAGCUGAUGUCUCAACCCUCAGUUAUUUGUGGCACAUAGCCAAGGAAGAUUGUGGUAACAUUCCAACUGAAAAUGUAACUCAUGUAACUUACUCCAAUAUGUUGUACAUAAACGCAAAAAAAUCACCACUUAUCACCAAAAAUAACAUCACUAUAAGCUUUUCCUGCAGUUAUCCAAAAGACAUGGAAACUACUGCCCUUAACUUUCCUGUGAAAACAAUAAUAGGGAACAUUACAUUUACUCUCCCUGGAGUAGCUGGGAAAAUCUCGGUAACCAUGACUAUUUACAGUGACUCUUCAUUUACCACACCUGUCACCAUUGGCACCACAUUGGUGGUGGAGCAACUGGUUUAUGUCUCAUUGCGGAUGCAAACAGUGGACAACUACAUCCUAAAAGUGGUCAAUUUGUACACCUCUGCAUCAUCAAAUCGCUCUGAUGAUCCAAAAUAUUAUCUGCUUCAGAAUGGCUGUCCAAACCUUAACCUUGGAGCCUUCCUACUUAAACCUAUAUGGAAUGGAAUAUACACUGAAGCGAGAUUUCAAAUGAAAACUUUCCAGAUUACUGGCAGCACCUUUUUUUAUCUAUAUGCAGAUGUUGCCAUGUGUAAUAGUUCCUGUACUCAGAACUGUAACAGCCGUUCAACAAUCGAUCAGGGCUAUGAUACAACAGUCAGCCUUCGCCUUGAUUUUACUAAAAAUUCAGCUUCCAGCACCCUUGGCUGUUUCUCCAUUAAAUCGGCUUUGACUUUACUUCUUUUGCCCUCAAUACUUAUGAUGGUCAUGUAAAGUUCCCCAUGUCAUGAAAUUCCAGAUUAUUAUGAUAUUGUGAAGUUUGGUGCCGGUGAAGAUCAUGAAGAAGAGUCUUUCACUUUUGUGCCAAUUUGCUCUGUCUCAUAUUUGGAAUGCAUACUGCUACUGGUAUCCUGGAAUACAUAUUACUUGUGAUUAUUAAUAUGUUUAUUAUUAGUACUAUUAUUAGAAGUACCUAUUAACUAUAUGAGAUGAUUUUCUUGAUGAAAUGACUAGAAAUAGUAAAUUCACAGAAACUGUAAAAUUAACUUGGGCUUCCCUUAAUCUUAAUUCAUUUUUCAAAUAAAGGUCGAAUGGUUUCCUUUAGUUCUAGUCUUCUGGCAUACACUGACAACUGAACCCAAAAAAGGACUUAAAGGGUUCAAAGAUGGAGUGCCUCAAUUAUUAAAUAAUGG